GAAAUUCCCCGCUGGGGCAACGGACGGUUGGAUUGCAAAGUGACGUAGGGCGAAGAUCCUCCAUGUCUUCUCCAUGCGCCUCGCUAUCCACCACAGUGCAGCAUCGUCAUUGCGACAAAGCUUCUGGUAUUACCAGAUAAGUUGCCUUGCAGCCUCAUCUCACAAUUAUAACAAGAAUUCCUUGCGGAGCAGCUUGAGGCCAGAGUGGGCGCAAGUGCUGGAAUCCCGUGCCCCUUCCACUCCUUGCGGCUUUGCCUUGUCACCUGCGCGCAGAAAUCUGCAGCUGUUAUAAUUAUAAUUAUAAAUUAUAGCUUCUUUCUUUGCCCCAGGUUAUACUCUGUCAACUAUCAGCAGAAUAUCAUCGGACACAAAGACCAGGGACAACUUCUUCUACAGCGUCGAACAUUCAUGGCGUACGAUGGCUAUCGCUUCAGCCAGUACGAUCAGACGGGGAAUAUGAGCCAGACAACCAGCGCGAACGAGAACGUCCAUCCUGAUAUUAGCGUUAACAACAAUGACGCUCAUCCGGUAUCACAUGCGCCCCCCUAUCCGAUUCAAUAUACCCCGGAGCAGAUCAGUAUGCCCCAGCCCCAGAUGCCGCCGCCUCCAUCCUCCAGCGUGAAUCCUGAACUCCAUCGGAAUACAUUCGUGCCACCUCAACAACCAGCGCCAGGAAACCUGAACGAUGCCGUCAACUCGGCAUUUCACAGGGCGGAUAUGUCCUAUCUCCCCCCGGACCUAAUAGCCCAGAUCACUGCAAACGUUGUCCAGCAGCUCCGGCUCUCGGGGCUGGAUAAUCCGCAAGGAAAUACACAGCAGCGUCGAGAGCAGCAACCAUGGAUGCCCACGGCCCCUAGUUUGACGCAUGCCUAUCCGGAGCCUUCGUCGCGCCCAGCUCCACAGCCUACGGCACCGACUCCCUCUCCUAGCAUCGCCAAUGAAAGCGUCAAGUAUCAGCAACCCUCGAAGCAAAACAGCUUUCCGAACAACGAUAAAACCAGCCCCGGGCCCUCCCCUAGUCUUCCAUCAGAUAGAAUGGCAUCUUCCUCCACCCAGGGAGUCGAGCGUAGUUUGAAGGACCGGCCGCCCCCACUUGUUAGGCACGCGACGGAGUUGACAACGCUGGAGAAAAUAUGGGGAAAACUGUUUGAGAAUGGACAGCCAACGGAGAGACUUGGCCAGUUCCUACGCGGAAUUGCGGUUCACCUGAUAAAGAAUUACCCACCGGGAAAUACGAUCGUUGUGGUCCCGGAGAAAAUGCAGCAGUUCUACCGUGACACCAACAUUCCGUCGGACCCUUAUCCAUGGCAAGAUAUCUUCGACGAUCGCACAUCUUCGAUUUCGAGGCUCUAUCGAGAUGUGAAGGCGGAGCAUCACCUUGUCCAGGAGAGUUUGAGUGAACGGCCUGAUAUCCCGGGAUUGACGCCCCGUGGAUUCCAGCGAUGGGAGUCUCUGAUGAUCCUGGCCCAUCCGGAGAAAGAAUACGAACGCCUAGCAAAAGCGGUAUUGGAAAUGCCCAUCAGUAACCCUGAUGACAAGAAGGAGAGAUUCCCCAAGGAGAUUUCGAGAAGGCUAUUCCCUGGCAAGCCGGACUUGAAAUUAAGAGCGCAGUUGGAUGAAUUCAUUACAACACAUUGUGCCGUCGACUUGCCUAUGAUAACUCUUGAGGAGCGCGCAAAAGCUUCUUCUGUACGGGGUCCUCCCGCCUCUUCUGAUAAAGCCUCCGACAGUCCGGCUUUAUCCUUCGAAGAACCCGUUUCAUUCGGUGAUCAGGACCGUCGCCCUCGUUCAGCCGAAGUAAUUAACGAUGAUGAGGAGGUUGAGAGAGGAUCAAGAUCAAGGCCGGGCUCAGCACACCCCAUUGAACGAGAAAGAAAGCCAUAUAUCACCCAACCUGGUGGCGGGAAAGUAUACGAUGAACCAGGGACGACGACAGCAAAGCUGGAUGAGGCCUCCUCGAACUUGCCUCCAUCGGGCCAUUACCCGGACCAUCAUCACCACACAGUUAGCCCAGGUUCAUACCAUGCAACUCACGGACAUGGACAUGCACGAAGCUCCUCACUCUAUGCACCCAGGGAUUACAAUUACAGACACUCGGAAAGUGACCUGCUCGGCCAUGGAUUUCGAUACGCAGACGACUACCCAAGUCAACCACCUUCCUCCGUGGCAGACGACAUCAUCGGGGAUACUCCUAGUCGAAUUUCAUCAUACCGGGACUCAUCCGAUCGUGAGUUAGAGGAUGUGAGGAUCCAUAAUCUCCUUCGUGAAAGAGAAAGGGAACGGGAGAAGAGCAGGCACCGGCAUGAACACCACCCGCAUGCACGGUCGAGUUGGGCAGCUGAUGAGGACUACUAUCGUGGCGUGCUUGGUGGGCAGGGUAAUAGUCCGGUCGGUUCAGGGAAUGGGUAUGAAUAUAAGACGUAUACUUACAAAUGAUCGGAUUCGAUACUGAGAGGUCUGAAUUCUACGUCUUCUUCUUGGUGUUUUCCCCCUUUGGUGCUUCGAUGGCCUUUUUCUGAUGCCGGGAAUGAGCUAUCCUGGUGAUGAUGAUGAUGUAAAGUAAUGAUGGAUGAUCGAUAUGAUUGAUGAUUCUGUACUAUUUCUGCUUUGUCUUUGCUUGUCUUGUAUGCUAAUGUUGUUGUCUGGAGGGCUCAUGCGCUGUAUAUCCAUGUAAAGGAACUACCCGGUUAUUGCUGAUACAUACAUAUCCAGCAAGUCUUUACAUACGUGGAAUAACCCCUAAGAAUGCCAGUUAAACCAAAUUAAAUCCUCUCAUGUCUCCUCCCUUCUACUUCUCCAUUUAAUAUCUAACAUCAACUUCCUCCCAGCCUCCCGACAACGCCUCGCCUCUUUUUCCCUAGCCCGUUCCUCAAGCUCAUACAUCUUCCGAAUGCGCCUCCGAUCCUUCUCCUCCCGCUCGACUCGUCUUCUCGCCCUCUGUUCCCGCCGGAUUCUGGCCUCCUCAGCCUCCCUCCCCUCCUCAUCCGCCUCGAGACGCAACUGCUCCACCUCCUCAUCCGUUAACACCCAUGGCACGGAAAGUAUAUCAACGAGAUACUGGACCCGGUCACGUAGGAACUGCAUCUCUGCCUUCGUGUUCGGGACGGGGAAGAAGCGUUCUAGCUGUACCUGCGUCACAGCGCGGAAGGUCGAGAGGGUCCCCUUCACUUUCACCAGGGCCCCGGGGACCAGGGAGGCGAUGUCCAGGGGUGUUUUUGCCGUCGCUGUUAGAUGAGAGGGUGCCAUCGCAGUUUCAGCAGUUUCCGUUGCUGCUGCCGUUGUGGGAGCGUCUACUGGAUUCUCGGCCCUCAGGACAACAAUGUCGACUGUUGCGCCACUGCUAUCAUCUAGCGUUAGGAUCGUGCGGCGGUAGGCUUCUGUUCUGGCGACUAUGAGGCCGACGAGGGUUACGAAGCGGAUGGGAUGGUUGUUGUAGAAGAAGGUAUUUUGACCUAUUGGACCAGCACAUCGAAUUACCUUCAAAUCCUUUUAUUUUUACAAGUCUCUGCAUGUCUGUAGCUGUCAUUUUCACCCAGCUGAAAUGGGUUGGGGACGCCUUGAAGCAGAAGGCUGGAUAGAAGACGAAGUCGUCUUUCUUAUUCUCGACAGGGACUGCCAUGGGGACAUUGUUUCUCUGGUUUCGAUGUACGUAUUUUCUCUUUUCAUCCGGUGAUUUUUUUUUUUUUUUUUUUUUUUUUU